AUGGAGCAGCCAAUUUGGUUUGCCAGCUCUCUUGGUUUCCGCCUAGCUCAUGAGUGCAGAGUGCACGUGUUUGCUUCUGAUUUUAUGCAGGUUGCAGACAUGUCCAGCCUUGGAGCUUUUCUCACCUUGCUGUAUGCGAUUUGGAUGGCCAGAAAUGAGCUAUGUUUCAAGGAGGAGGCUUCCACGUUGGAGCAGAUUUUGACCCAUGCAGCUUCACUCACACCGCUGCCACCUUUGGAGGGUCCUAUGGUUCAGCAAGUUCACCGUCCCCACACAUGGUCUCGUCCACAUCCGGGCACGUUCAAGAUCAAUUUUGAUGCGGCGAUGGCUCCUACCGGUGACGUAGGGUUCGGUCUUGUUGCUAGGAAUUCUCGUGGUGAAGUGUUGGCAGCAGCGUGCUCCUCGCAUGGUCCAGCAACAUCUUCUUUUUUAGCUGAGGGGCUCUCUUUCCGUUGGACGCUCGGUUUGGCUAUGGAUCUUGGUUUCCGGCGCGUAGUGUUGGAGACCGACUGUCUCCUUCUUUAUGAGGCGUGGAAGCGCCGGAGUGGUUGCUCUAUUUUAGACUCUUUGAUUUUAGAUUGUCGUCGUUUGUCUUCUGGUUUUGAUGCUUUUGAUUUCAGUUUUGUUCGCCGUAGUGGCAAUAGUGUCGCUGAUGCUUUAGCUAAGCGUUCUUUUACUUUGAGUGUUUUUGUUUGGAUUGAGGAGAUCCCUCAAGACUUAAAUGGCUUAGUCCAAUCUGAUGUAAUGGUCUGUGAGCCCCUGUUUCUUCUUAAUUGA